GCGGGUAUGGCACCCAAGACUGCAGGACCCACCGUCAACACACAACCCGCCAUCAUGAAACCCACAGAGGAGCCUCCGGCCUACUCGCAGUCUCAGGCACAGGAUCAGUCUCGGGGGGCCGCUGAGCUGUUGAGGAGACAGGAGGAGCUGGAAAGGAAGGCGGCAGAGCUGGACCGUCGGGAGAGAGAAAUGCAGUCGCUCAGCGCUUCAGGAGGCAGGAAAAACAACUGGCCUCCCCUCCCGGAGAACCUCCCUGUGGGCCCCUGCUUCUACCACGACAUCACAGUGGACAUCCCUGUAGAGUUUCAGAAGACAGUCAAGAUCAUGUAUUACCUCUGGAUGUUUCACACAGGGACUCUGCUGGCUAACUUGAUCGGCUGUCUCGCCUGGUUCUGUGUGGAUGCAUCGCGCGGCGUGGACUUUGGCCUCGCCAUCCUCUGGUUCAUGCUCUUCACGCCGUGUUCCUUCGUCUGCUGGUACAGA